UCACUUCAUUUCAACACAACAAAGAGAAGGAAAAAAAAACUGAGUAUUUGAAAACAUUUUAAGUAGUCAUGGCAGGCAUUAGUGUUGCAGCAGUGUUGAGUUUUCUUAUAAUGUUCUCAUUUGUUUCUUCUUUUGGUGAUGCUCUGAGCUCAAACUACUAUGCCAAGACUUGCCCAACAGUCGAUACAGCCGUUACCGAUGCUAUGAAAAGUGCGUUUAACAAAGACAAAACUGUCGCUGCAGCGAUUCUUAGGAUGCAUUUCCAUGAUUGUUUCAUUAGGGGUUGCGAUGGAUCAGUCUUGUUGGAUUCAGCGGGAGGCAACACUGCUGAAAAGGAUGGACCUCCUAACAUUUCUUUACAUGCAUUUUAUGUUAUCGACAACGCUAAGAAAGCUCUCGAGAAGGCAUGUCCUGGUGUGGUCUCAUGUGCUGAUAUCCUAGCUCUUGCAGCUAGAGAUGCUGUCGUAUUAUCUGGUGGACCAAAUUGGGAUGUGCCCAAAGGAAGAAAAGAUGGAAGAGUUUCAAAGGCUAGUGAAACAAGAUCACUACCAGCACCUUCAUUUAACUUCUCUCAAUUACAACAAAGUUUCUCUCAGAGAGGUCUCUCCUUGAACGAUCUAGUGGCUCUCUCAGGAGGACACACACUUGGAUUCUCUCAUUGUUCAUCAUUCAACAGUAGAAUCCACAACUUCGACGCCACUCACGACGUUGAUCCAUCGCUACGUCCUGCAUUCGCGGCUAGCUUGAAGAGAGUUUGUCCAAUACACAACAAAGUGAAGAAUGCGGGUCUAACCAUGGAUCCGUCUGCCACCACAUUCGACAACACCUACUACAAAUUACUUCUGCAGGGGAAUUCUUUGUUCUCUUCUGACGCAUCUCUCUUGGCUUUGCCAAAAACUAAAGGACUAGUCAACAAAUUUGCAAAUUCAAAACAAGCUUUCAAGGAUGCAUUUGUCAAGUCCAUGAUUAAGAUGAGCAGCAUCAGUGGUGGUCAAGAAGUUAGAUUGAAUUGCAGAGUUGUUAAUUAAGCUUAAUGGGUAUUAAACAAGUUUUUAUCUAUGGAUCUAAGAUUAUUGUCAUGCAUCAUGCAUUUAAAUUAGAGUACUUUAUUGAAAAUGUGAGUUAGUGGUUAUCCAUGAAGUAACUGGGUGUACCUAUUAUCAUAUGUCGAAGAAAUAUGUGUGGGCUUUGAAAUUUGAUUACAUUAUUAUGUACUAGUAAAAAAUUUAAGUAUCAUUGUAGCAGUGCAAAAAAAAAUGUUUAAUGGAGAAUUGGAGUUGUCUUUCAUAUUUA